AUGGCGGCUAUUGCGUCCACUGAGUCAAUUGACAAGCUGCAGUAUCAAGUUACGGAGUCACUGGGGGCUUUCCGAACUCAACGAGAAGAGACAGAUCGCGUCGCCGCCCUGAAGGCAGCGCAGAGACUGGUAAAUGCACUACAGAAACCGCAGGAUUCGGUCUAUCACCUGGCCUAUUCCCCUACUCAUGCCAUGUGCGUGCGCAUUGCCCUCGACAUGGAUAUAUUCGCAACACUGACGGAGCGUGAUGGGCCCGUGUCGCUAGAUGAGCUGGCAGCCGUGAAGAACGCCAGUCCGAUCCUGGUUGCGAAUACGAUACACGCUAUUUUGGUGAUCAAGUUUAUAUUCGAUGUUGGCAUGCCGACUCUUGCCAAAGUCCCCGAGUUUCUCCGCCGCCAGGAACACCGAAACCCAGAGGGUGCCACUACAGGCCCACUACAAUUCGCCGAGAAGAUUGACGAGUCGAUCUGGACUUGGCUGCCACAAAAUCCAGAGAAGCUUGAUUCUUGCAAUACAUUCAUGGAGGGUGACUGUGGCGCGCGACCCAGUUGGCUUGAGUGGUUCCCGGUGGAAGAACGUCUUCUAUGUGACACUCAUCCUGAUGCGGAGACACUUAUGGUAGAUGUCGCAGGGGGCCGAGGACAUGACCUCGCAGCAUUUGCGACACGGUAUCCGGAUGUGCCAGGGCGCUUAAUACUCGAAGAUCUGCCACAUGUUUUGGAAGAGAGUACUAUAGACGCGGAGCGUAUUGAAAAACAACCAUUUGACUUGUUUAAACCACAACCUAUUCAUGGAGCUCGCAUUUAUUAUAUGAAAUUCAUUCUCCAUGAUUGGUCCGACGAGGAGAAUCAUGCCAUCCUUACUCAGCUGGCUGGUGCAAUGAAGCAAGGUUACUCGAAACUGAUCAUCGAAGAGUUUGUGCUGGCAGAUCGCGAUGGUGCUAUGUUACCGGCGAUGUGGGAUUGGGAAAUGAUGAUUUUCUGUAACAGUAUGGAGCGGUCCCAGUCCCAUUGGACUCGCUUGCUAAAGGGAGCCGGUUUCCAAGUUAUCAAGUUCUGGGCACCGCCUGGCGAUGGGCAAGGCAUUAUCGAAGCCGAACUCAAAUAG